CUCAUAUAGGCCCUCGAGUUCGAGCAGAAAACAGAACAUGAAGAAGAGAAGAGGAGGCUGACAGUAUCUACUCCAGCUACGAUGCCCUUGGAAACGCAUGGAUCGCGAGACACCGAAAAAAUCUACACCGACGUGCUCACCGAAGCCAGAAAUUCCUGCUACAAGGCACGCGAUUCUUUCUACGCUUGUGUCGAGAAGGAAUCGAUGAAGAAACCCACAGAAAUUGCUUCCGUUGGACUUCUCUACCCUGCUGAAUGCAAGAACUCCAGGGAGGAUUUUGUGAAGAUGUGUCGGCCGACAUGGGUCAAGCAUUUUGAUCGUCAGUUUUGUGCAAAGAAGAGAGUUCAAAGGCUUUUGGAUAACAGUGAUGAAUCGAGGAGAGGUCCGAUGUCCCUUCCACAGCCUUCCACUUUCAAGCCAUGAUUCUUGGAACCUCAAAUCUUGUGUUCAUGGGGUAAUUCUGAACAAACGGAUACAAUGUGGAUCAUACACUUUGAAUCUGAACUUUUCUUUCGUUUCUUUCUUCUUCUUUUCUUGUCAUAGUUUUUUCACAAUAGGGUGUAAUUAAUUCAUCAUAUGAAGAUCCAAACAAAUCCAUAUGGGUGUAGUUUUCUAUGUGGAGUUGGAUAUCUUUCUA